CAUUUAUUUUAGACAUCUCAUGAAGACAUGAUUUUAGAAAUGAUUUUGUAGGUCAUCUUUGCAGAUUGAUAGUUCUCGAGUAUGGUGUGUUUACUUUAUAUUUAAAACAAUAUAUAGACCUAAAUGAAUAUAAAAAUUAUAAUUUAAGGAGUGCCCUUCAGGAUUAAUGAAUUUUACUUGAUUUUGGGGAUUUUGUUUCUUCAAGGAAACUACAAGAUACAUUGAGUGAAUUAGCAAACCUAGAAUAAAAACUGCAAACUACUUUGGGUGUUGAAAAUUCGAGGAACUGUUUAAUGUUUCAAAUGAAUUUUUGAUUUUAUCCAACACCAACCUACCGGAAGCUUUGUCGGGCUAGGUUCAACACUUGAGACACCAAGAUUCUCAAAUACGCGAGGAAUCUUCGAAUGUCAGCAUCUACUUAUGCUGAGUGGUCGAAAGACCAACUUAUAGCAAAGAUUUUGGAGUUAGACCGACAAUUAGACACAAGGUCUUCAAAAGAUACCCAAUCUUCAUGCGAAAAUGAACUUACUACUCAAAAGAAACUAGAAAAUUCUUCGUUUCACAAAAAUGACGAGUCAAACAAGCCGAAUCAACAAGCAGCUUUACCUGCCAAGAAAGUGAAACCUCCACGUCCUUUUCAGUUAGAAAAAACGAUAUUCUUGGCUUUUAGAUUUGCUUACUGCGGUUGGGAUUAUAAUGGAUUAGCGUACCAGACUGAACCUACUCCUUUACCAACUGUAGAAGGGAAAAUUUUCGAGGCUUUAUUGAAAGCUCAUCUAAUUGAGAGUCCAUCAACAUGUAAUUUCAGUAGAUGCGGCCGUACUGACAAGGGUGUUUCUGCUAUGGGUCAGGUAAUUUCUCUAAACGUACGCCAUUCCGAACGAAGACCUAUUGUGUAUUGCGAUGUAUUGAAUCGUAUAUUACCACCUGAUAUUCGUUUCACUGGAUUUGCUGUACCUCCUCCUGGAUUCAAUGCUAGGUUUUCUUGUAAACAGAGACAUUACAAAUACUUGUUUACCAAAAACUACCCUGGUGGUACUUUGGACAUUGACCGGAUGAAUGAGGCAGCCGCCCUUUACUUGGGUGAACACGACUUCCGAAACUUUUGUAAAAUUGAUGCUUCGAAACAGAUUACAAACUAUAACAGGAGAAUACUAAGCUCAAAAAUUAUAUGCAUUGACCCUGCAACCGAACUGUAUGCAUUCGAUCUGCAAGGAACUGCCUUCCUUUGGCAUCAAGUUAGAUGCAUGGUUGCCAUCUUAUUUUUAGUUGGUCAGCAUUUGGAACCUAUUUCAAUUGUUAGUGAUUUAUUGGAUACACAGAAAGUUCCAAAUAAACCAAUCUACGAUUUGGCCAGUGAAUUUCCAUUAAUCCUUUACGAUUGUAUGUUUGAUGAUAUUGAGUGGGUUUUGCCAACAGAUGAUGAAACAACGGCGCCUCGUAUAUCUAAACAUCUCUAUGACAAAACCUAUCAUCAAUGGCAUAGCCUUCGUAUACGUGAGCAAAUAGCGUCCUUUAUGGUGGAUGCAGCUAAUCAAAGGGUUUCUCAGUAUGGUGCUUUACAAUACACAGGUGCCAGUGUAAAUAUUGGAGAAGGAGAGCUGAAAUCGUCCAAAAGGUACGUACCAAUUCUACAAAGAGCCCGACAAGAAUCUGUUGAAGUUGUCAAUGAACGUUAUAAACGUAAAAAGGGACUUGAUACACCAACGAACUCUGAAGAAUGCUCAUCUGCAAUGAACGGGGAUUAAUUUGACUAUUGAAACGGAUACAUAUAUAAGUGGAUCAUAGGAAUAGGUUUUUGGGACGUACAUAAUAUUAUGGUUAAUCUUCUAUGGCAAUAAAAAAUAAGCGAUUA